AUGGUGUCCUUUGACGUGGUUUCAUUAUUCACGUCCAUCCCACCAGACCUGGCACGCGACGUUCUUCGCAACCGACUCGAAGAGAAUUACGACGAGACGAACAAACCCCUAAAAAUCGACCACUUACUGCAACUGUUUGCUUUCUGCCAACAAACUUUCUUCACCUUCAAUGGCAGAACAUACGAGCAGAUCAAAGGAACGCCAAUGGGUUCGCCAGUAUCCAGCCUGGUUGCAGAACUAGUCCUGCAGGAACUGGAAAAAGUCGCCUUCGACCACUAUGAACCUGCAUUUUGGCGCCGGUACGUGGACGACACGUUCGUCAUAAUUGAAAGGAGCAGACUGGCCGACUUCCAAGACCUGCUCAACGGAAUCUUCCCAGACAUUCAGUUCACAAGGGAAGAAGAGCAUGCCGAACAGCUGCCUUUCCUUGACGUUCUCAUCACACGCACAUCCAACGGCGAACUCAACACCACGGUGUACAGAAAGGCGACUAACACGACUCAGAUUCUCAACUACCACAGUAACCACCCAAUGGCGCAUAAACGCAGCUGUGUUAGGACACUCUUCCAGAGGGUAAAAACGCACUGCAGUGAACCAGAGGGACGAGCACGAGAACUUCGGCAUCUUCGGGACCAACUGGCAAGGAAUGGAUACCCGAACAGCUUCGUCAGCCACUGCCUCCGCACGCGCCCACGGCGACCAAACGGAGGAGAGCCGCCAACACUCCGGCACCCUCUGCCAUAUAUAAAGAACGUAUCCGAAGCGAUGGAACGUAUUGCUGGAGAGCUCGGCGUGGGUAUCGCUCACCGUCCGACAGCGACCAUGCGCAGCAAAAUCAUGCAAGUGAAGGAUCGCCUAGACGUGGGUGAACAAUCGGGCGUCGUCUAUCAGAUCCCAUGUCGGGACUGCCCUCGCCACUACACAGGACAAACCGGCCGACGACUUAGCUCACGAAUAACGGAGCACAAACGCGCGGUCCGGAGAGGCGACCCGUUGUCUCAGAUCGCCACUCACACCCUGGAGGAAGGCCACGAAUUCAACUUUGCGAGCAUGCGGAUAGUGGCGCGGGCCAGCAAUAAGACAGGACGUGAACUGUUAGAGGCCUGGGUGUCUGGCAUCAACUCUAUCAACAGGCACGUUGAAAUACCCCCCUGCUAUCACGCGCUCCGUUCCCGCGGCCAAGGGGCGAGACCCAAUUUCCAGCCAAGGGUGCACGCAGUCACGCCACCGUGA